ACACACACGCACUAAUCUCACACACUACAAAAGCGAGUGAGAGAUAGCCACUAGGGUUUUAGGCAAUCAACCAGAGAUACCAAGAGUGGGAGAGAGAGGGGAGAGUGAGGGAGAAAGAGCUAGUGUUUCUAUCUGAGGCAGGGAAUAUGGGGGCUGACAAGGGAAAGAAGCUGAAGGUAGCGGAGAAAGACGAGGAGGAUAACAACUCGGAGGCCAUCGAUGAGAAACUUGUCCUCUCCAUCGAGAAGCUGCAGGAGAUACAAGACGAGCUCGAAAAGAUAAAUGAGGAGGCCAGUGAUAAGGUCCUGGAAGUGGAGCAGAAGUAUAAUGAGAUACGCAAGCCCGUUUACGAUAAGCGAAAUGAUAUUAUUAAAGCCAUUCCUGACUUCUGGUUGACUGCUUUUUUGAGUCAUCCUGCUCUAAGCGAGCUUUUGAGUGAAGAGGAUCAAAAGAUAUUCAAGUAUUUAAGCUCUCUGGAAGUAGAGGAUUUCAAAGAUGUCAAAUCGGGUUACUCUAUCACAUUGCACUUUAACCCAAACCCUUAUUUUGAAGAUACAAAGCUUACAAAGACGUUCACUUAUGCUGACGAUGAUGGAACAACAAAAAUUACUGCGACAUCAAUAAAAUGGAAAGAGGGCAUGGGCAUACCAAAUGGGGUUAACUAUGAGAAGAAAGGGAGCAAGCGGCCUGCUAGCGAUGAAAGCUUCUUUAGCUGGUUUACCGAUCUUCAAGAGAAAGAUCACUUGGAUGACAUUCAUGAUGAGAUUGCAGAAAUCAUCAAGGAGGAUUUAUGGCCAAAUCCACUCACAUACUUCAAUAAUGAUGCGGAUGAGGAAGACUUUGAUGAGGAAGGGGCCGGAGAAGAGGGAAAGGAUGGUGAUGACUCUGAAGAGGAUGAGGAUGACCAAGAAGAUGAUGAUGACGACGAAGACGACGAAGAUGGUGGUGAGGAUGAUGGCAAGUGAAGUACCUUAAUCAGCGUGUUCGCUUGUGGGUUUCAUUGCCUUGGUAACAGUUUAUUUAUGUAAAGUGAGCGGUCUUUAAAUAGUUGCUGAAAUAUCCUGUGAUAGUGGAGGGUGACCAUGGUAACUCUUUUAUAAUAGCUCUUUUAUCUUGUAGGCAAUUGACUACUGCCCACUGGGCCAGUCUGUAAUUUUCGGAAUGUUAUUUCUUUUUGCUUCAAGGCCAUUUUCUGUUGUUUUCUGGGGUUAUUUUUUGUGGGUUCCCUCCAUCAUAUGCUGGCUCCUUGACGACAAUUGGUAUAUUAUUACAUUUCGUGGUAACUUAAAUGAGAGUAAAAUCAUAGUAUUUGGUGUAAA